GAAAAAUUCAUAAUACAAAUGAGCUCAGAUUUUAAAUAAGAUGGAACUCCAUUUACUAAAUUGUUUUAAAGAUUAGAAAAAAUUCAUCAAUCUCCAGUUUUUAACGCCGAUUGUGUCUAAAACUAAGAUGACAUGUAUCUAAAAGACUAAUCCCCUGAAUAAGUAUGUAAGAAAUUAGAAUUCACUCCAUGUUUGAAGUCUCCUAAUUAGUAUUGACAUUUCAUUAAAAAAUUUUAGAUUUCAACCUUUUUCUCCAUUAAAUCAUUAGACAACUAAAAAGGCAAAUAUUUUCAUUAUAUCUCCUGCCAGAUAAAUUAACUUUGAUCAUACAAAGACAGAAUAACGACUUGUUAAUAUAAGUUCUCCUCUCAGUUCUAUGAAAAUACCAGAUGAUCUAUAAUGUGAAGAGGAAGAGAUCUUAUCAGAAGAUUAAGAUAAUCAUUCUCAAUUUAAAAGUCCUCCUAAAUCACCUCAUAGAAAAUUAGAAAGAGCAACAAAAUUGAAAUUCAUAAAUUUUGUUACCUUGAAAAAACCUCUUAAAUUUACAAGUGAUUAAAUAAGCAAUAGAAGACGUACAAGUUCUAAAAGAAGAAAACCUUAAACAGAGUAAAAACCAAAAAUUAUAGUAUGUAAUUGUAAGAAAUCUAAAUGUCUCAAAUUAUAUUGUGAUUGUUUUGCUGCAGGUGUAACAUGUGGUAAAGAUUGUAAUUGUUGUUCAUGUCACAAUAAUGAUGAUCAUACAAAAGAAAGAGAAACUGUUAUUAAAUAAAUUAUGGAAAGAAAUCCAUCAGCUUUCCGUCCUAAAGUUGAAUCCAAAGUAAUUAUAUUUUUUAAUUAAUAGAGCAAUUCAGAAGAUGAAUAAGAUCAUAAACCAAGACAUUUUAAAGGAUGUAAUUGUAAGAAAUCUAAUUGCUUAAAAAAAUAUUGUGAAUGUUAUCAAAUGGGUGUUAAAUGUUCUGAAUUAUGUAAAUGUGAUGAAUGUAAAAAUUGUGAAAUGCCUGUUAAAAAAGAUUCAAGAAAAAGAAUCAAACAUGUUCAUCAAAAUUUUAAAAAUACUGAAAUCUAUUGA